AUGUACCUGUUCGUACUGGCAGUGGUAUGGGCUGUAUCAGCACUUGAGGCAGCACAGUUUUCGCCCCUCACAGAAAGAAUCACUGACCACAAAGACUUCCGGAAGCUUCUAAGGACAAGAACCAACGUGCUCGUCAUCUACACUAAGACAGUCCUGAGUCUGUCGGGAAACCCUGGUGACAAGGCUCAGGGGGUACACCCUGAACAGGAUGCCAGUACACAGGACUCUGAUGGACGAAAGCUGUGCAAGAAAAUGAAGGUGGAGCCCAGCUCCGAGAGCACCGGAGUCAAGAUGCUCCAUUACAAGGAUGGGACGUUUCACAUCGAGUACACCAGACCUGUCACAUUUAAGUCUUUGGUGGCAUUCCUCAUGGACCCAACCGGGGAUCCUCUAUGGGAGGAGAAUCCUGAAGCCAAAGACAUCACGCACAUAGGGACGGAAGAAGACCUGAGGCAGCUUCUGAAGAAGGAGGAACGACCCAUUUUUAUCAUGUUUUACGCCCCGUGGUGCCCGGUGUGUAAGCAGAUGCAGCCCGUGUUCCAGCAGGCUGCCACAAACACCAGAGGGACAUAUGUGCUGGCUGGCAUGAACGUGCACCCUGCUGAGUUUGACGGACUGAAACAGGAGUACAAUAUCAAGGCGUACCCCACCUUCUGCUACUUUGAAAAGGGCAAGUUCCUGUACAACUACGAGAACUAUGACGCCACUGCGAAGGAUAUCGUCGACUGGAUGAAGAGCCCCCUGCCACCACAACCCGAAGUUCCCGAGGUGCCCUGGCCGGAAACAGACUCCGCUGUUCAUCAUCUUACAAACGACACCUUCGACACCUUCCUGGACGAGCACCCCUUUGCUCUGGUUAUGUUCUACGCGCCGUGGUGUGGUCACUGUAAGAAGAUGAAACCAGAAUACGAUGAAGCAGCCAAACUUCUCAACAAAGAUAAUGACAGCCCAGGAGUCCUGGCAGCAGUGGAUGCCACCGUCCACAGGGCCCUCGGUGAGCGAUACAAUAUUCCGGGCUUCCCCACACUAAAAUACUUCGAGAAUGGUGAAGACAAGUACACACUCGCUGACCUGAGGACCAAGGAUGAGAUCACUGAGUGGCUGGACAACCCCCAGGCCCCGCCUCCUCCCGAGCCAUCAUGGGAGGACAAGCCUUCCAGCGUCAUCCACCUCAGAGCAGAGAACUUCCACGAGGCACUGAAGAAGAAGAAACAUACCCUUGUCAUGUUCUACGCCCCUUGGUGCCCCCACAGUAAGGAGGCCAUCCCACACUUUACAGCAGCAGCUGAGGUCUUGAAAGAGGACCGCAAGGUCUCUUUUGCAGCAGUGGACUGCACUGAAGGGCACAACAGUGACAUGUGUGGGCAGGAGGGAGUUGAGGCCUACCCCACUUUCAACUGCUACAACUAUGGCAAGUUUGCUGAGAAGUACAGUGGGGAAAGAAGGGAGGAGGACUUCACUGGCUUAGUGCGAAGGCUACGAGAAAAGGACCAGCACAAGGUUGCCAAGCGGAAGGAGGAGCUUUAAAAUGCGUGCAGCCAAAAUGGGGAGGAGCCUAUCUGUGCAUUGAUUAUUGCAGGUCACACUCCCCUCAAGCACUGGAUCCAGCGCGGUGUCGUUUGCAAUUUGAUUCAGAAAUCAUCUGACUGCUUAAGGCUUUCUGCUUUCUUUUAUGCAUUUUAUCAAAAAAAAAAAUCCAAAAUACUGUCCCUGGAUUUAUAAAAUGGUUACCUAUGCAAUACCAGACCCAUCCUGCUCCUCCAGGGCUAGACAUUGUACAUGCAAGGCCAUCCACAAUGACCAAAGGAUGGGGGUCGUUUUACAUAUGGAAUCGCCCUGCCAUCUGAAGAUCCCUUGA